AUGGACAUCAAAGAAAACCCAAGAAAGCGCAUGCUAGAGCCAAUGAGCUCUCCCAGCAGAAAGAGAGCCAGAACGUCGCCUACAAAGCCCAGUAAACCCAUCUUAAGCUUGGAUUGCACUUUUGCGCCACAAAGCUGCACACCGCAGCGGUUUGUGUCAGCGCCACAAAGCCGCACACCAUUGUCCUUUUCCCUCGACUCCAGCACGACUUUUACAAGCUCUACAUAUUUUGAGCGCACCUCAGCCAGAUUCUACCAGGACCCGUUCUCUAGUCAGGUGUACGACCGUCAUAAAACAUACAACCACCAGCCACAGAGCCAUGCACAACCUCCAAGUGGGCCGCCAGUAGCUACCUAUUGGCCGGGGUUCUCAGGCUAUCAGCCGGCUUGGACGCCAACAUAUCGCGAGCCCUAUGGCUGCUACAACUUUGAAGAUAUGUGCCAGACAAGUGUCUCUCGUUCAAUCUACUCUGCAAUUUCUAACAGUAACGGAAAUUCUGGACAUUUUGCAAAUGCUGCGCGUACAAAUGGGCCCAUGAUGAUACCUGAGCCGUCUGGAGACACUCGCAGUGCCUUUACUGAUGCCCUCGAAUCAUGCCUACUGAGAGUCCAAGAAAGAGUACUAAGACUCCAAGAAACAGUACUCGCAGAAAAAGGCUCAAUAGAAGAGAUGCUACAGUUGGCAGCGCUGCUGCGUAGCCAGCAUUGA